GGCGACUUGGCAAUCUCACUUGUACCUAUACAGAGAAGACAGUCAGGGAGUGAUGGGAAACAGCUGGAAAUUCAAAUGUAUGUCAAAAUUAUCACCAACUGAAAAAUGUUAUGAAAUUUUUUUGUGAAAAUUAUCCCUUUCUCAAAAGAUCGUUAGGUAAUCGCAGCAGAUGUACGUGGCCUCAGCAUCAACAACAAUAAAACUCCACGAAUUCCCCAGUGGGGAGGCAGUUCACAACUACCAACCAGGCACAAAGGUAGAUGGACCAGUCCGCAGCAUCUCUUGGAGUAGGGACGGCAAGUGGCUGGUUAUCGUCCCACAUUUUGGCCCGCCUGAAAUCCUCACCGUCAAAAACAACUUGAAACUGCUAAAAUUCAUCCCGAAUGUAGAAGAACCGACUUGCGCUGCAUUCCUCAGCAGCAAGAAAACGCUGGGCAUCAGUACGAAGAACGGUCUGGUGAUGUUGUAUGAUGUCAAGACUAGAACUGUCAAAAAGCGAUUUCCUAGGUGCAUAAGCCAGAUUACGCAUUUGGAAUUUUCAACGAAAGAUACUCAUUGUGCUGUCGGUUGCAAGAAUGGGGAUGUUUGUGUCUUUAAUACUGUGACAAACAGUCCCCCAACUAUACUUAAAGUGCCUAAGUCGAGUUCCAUGAGUUGUAUGAAAAUAAACCAGUUGAAACAUAACCUAAUUUGUGGGGGGUAGCAAUGAAGGAGUCAUUACUGUUUGGGACAGCAACGUUGGCAAACCAAAAUGGUUCAGAGAAGCCUUUAACGCGCCUGUAAACGCUGUAGCCUUUUCUACGAUCAACCAGGAUCUCAUGGCAGCGGCUGGGAAUGACAGACAGUUUCUCUUUUUGAUUAUACAGAAAAAAAGCAAGUUGCUUCGGUUACGGUUGGUAAUAACAUCAUAUCGCUAGACUAUUCUCAGGACGGGA